GGACUCAAGGGGUCAUGCAAAAGUCACAGCGCACUAUGCGUUCAAAUGAAAGCUGCGCAAUCUGCUGUGACUUUUGAGUGCCAAAAGGAACGUAAAAGACGCUUAAAGGCGGACAUCGCUUAAAGGAAUUAAAUCAAUUAUGCAUCGUAAAAAUGCAUUUUGCGGAUGCAGAAGUUUUCAGAUCUGGUGUCGGUUUUGAUGGUGUUCGUGUGGCUGGGUGGGCACCCGGUCUCGCCCCUCAGACCCAUCUGUGACCUGCGCGUUCUGGACCACUUUGUCAGAGAAGCUCGUGACUCUGAGGUCAUCAUGCGGGGUUGCAGAGGGGGCUGCAGUGUGAUGAAUUCCUACUUUGUUCCUUUGACUAGUGUCGACUUUGCUGUUUGGGAACAAAUAGAUGGGCAGGCUGAAGAGGUGCAGACUGGACUAUCAUUGCUUGUCAAGGCUCUGAGUGCAGCGAGGAACACAGUGAGCAGUUCACCUCUGAUCAGCACGCUGGAUAACAACAUCAGUAACAUUCACAGCCUUAGUCAGAUCCUGCACAGCUUACACCUGCAGCAGGGCAGGUCCACGGCCCUUUCAGAUGAUUCAGCUUCUAUCAGCAUACAGACGCAGGAGGUCUCAACCCUCCCGGAGCUCCUGCAGGUGCAGAGCAGUUUCCUGCGAGGAAAAGUCAGGCUCCUGUUUUCAGCUGCACCGGCCUGCCAAAAGUGAAACCGCUGAGAUGAACUCUGAAGACCCCGUAAAUCGUUUGCGCAUUCACGUAUGCACACAAACACACAUGCCCAGACAAACGCACUACUGAAUCAUAAAUCUAAAGCUCAGUUUUGGAAAGUUCUCCCACGAGAUCUCAGCUGGGGUCACGGGUAUGAUUCCCAGUGUCAUUUUGGAUAAAACGCCCCAGCCAGAUGCAAAAAUGUUAAGUCGUGUCGCCCCCUGAAUGGUUAGCUCAUUUGCUCUGCAUUUCGAGGCAUGAUGUCGUGGUUUUAGCGCAGUGCUCGUGUGCUCAGAGAACGUGUGAAUGCUGUUUGGCGUGAAGCAAAACUGCAGUGACACCCUGACCCGCUCAACAAGCCCAACAUGGCAUCAGAAUCUGUGGAGGAACACGUCUGAGACCACAGGCGAGGUCUGUGUUUGCCCAGAGGCUCACUGCAGUGUGCCGAACAGCUUGUCUGGUUGUUUCCAGCCACCUGGACUCUAAUACAUCCGAGACGUGUGUAGAGCCAUUUUAUUUCAUUAUCUUUGUAUAUAUUUUGUAUAAAUCCAAUGUGCUGCUAUAUUGUAACUACGUCGUCAGUUUUGCUAAGCUAUAUUUUUUGCUGGAUAUCCAGUUUCAACGCAAAUAAAAUGGUUUUAU